AGUGACAUAACCGUAGUCGGAGUCCUCCAAAGUCCGAAUCGGAAUGUUCAUCUGGGUCAUUACUUACCCAUCACUCUUGGUUUCGAUUCUGCGAGAGGCGUCUUGUCUGAGGUCGCGGGAAACAUCACGCUGGACGCAAUAUCUUCACGGAAAUGCUAUCAUUUUGUCCGUACUGGCAGUAUUAAGGCAAAUAAACCUGCUCUGUGACUUGAAAGAUAGCUCUGCACUUGAAAGACGAACUUCCUACGUAUCCUCGUAGGUCAGUCUAACACUACCGCGAUUACUCUCGAAAUUGCGCUGCAGAUCGAACCGACCCUAGUGCUUUGUAAUGAGGAAAUCUACAGCGCAAAAAAGUCUCUGCAACAGCUCGUGGAAGAGAUAGGGGAUUUGAUCAUGAUUAUGGAAGGACAUGAGUUUGAUUGAUGGUAGUUGUGUUAUUUCACUGAGUCAACCGUUGUGAUACGGUCUUCUUGCUCUCCCGGUAUGUAAGUCUUUACGUGGGGUUUUUUAAGUAAGUAUUUGAAUGGGAGGCAGCAUGUAGUUCUACAGAAAAAAAAAACAACGCAGAGCUUUUGCGAGUAAUUAAUGAAUGAGUGAAUGAUUGUAUCCAUCCUUUUCCUUCUACAUGAACCAAUAGUCUACCAUUCGAAAAGACGUUCGUCGAGCACCUCGACCUCUCCAACUCCCUCUAAUCCAUUGCGCAAGAACAAGUUGGGUCUACGGAGUGGAGUCGUCCUCGUUUCCAACUCCUUCAUGGAGCG